CUUGCGCGCGGGCGAGCAACAGAUCUGCGCGCAUGCGCAGUCCAUUGUUUUGACUGAAAAUGCCGUCGGUUUCGAAAACGGCGGCCAACGCGUCUCCCCAAACCGAGAAACCGAGCCACUAUACAUACUUGAAGGAGUUCCGCACGGAGCAGUGCCCGUUGUUCCUGCAGCACAAGUGCACGCAGCACCGACCCUUCACGUGCUUCCACUGGCACUUCCUCAACCAGCGGAGGAGGCGACCCAUCAGGAGGAGAGACGGAACCUUCAACUACAGCCCCGACGUGUACUGCACCAAGUACGACGAGACCACCGGCAUCUGCCCCGAUGGAGACGACUGUCCUUAUCUACACCGGACCACUGGUGACACAGAGCGCAAGUACCACCUUCGCUAUUACAAGACCGGCACUUGUAUCCACGAGACGGAUGCUCGAGGCCAUUGUGUGAAGAAUGGACUGCACUGCGCUUUCGCUCACGGGCCACAUGAUCUCCGACCUCCAGUCUACGAUAUCAGAGAGAUUCAAGCACAAGAGGCCCUUCAAAAUGGGCAGUUGGGAUCUGGGGAAGGUAUUCCCGACCUGCAGCCCGGUGUGUUAGCCAGCCAAGCGAUGAUUGAGAAAACUCUGACAGAAGACCCGCGGUGGCAAGAUACCAACUUUGUUUUAGCCAACUACAAAACAGAUCAGUGUAAUAAGCCCCCAAGACUAUGCAGGCAGGGCUACGCGUGCCCCCACUACCACAACAGUAGAGAUCGGAGAAGAAACCCCAGGAAGUUUAAGUACCGGUCGACUCCCUGCCCCAAUGUGAAGCACGGGGAUGAAUGGGGCGAACCCUCAAAGUGUGAAAGUGGAGACUGUUGUCAGUAUUGUCACUCUCGUACUGAACAGCAAUUUCACCCAGAGAUCUACAAAUCUACCAAAUGCAACGACAUGCGACAAACGGGCUACUGUCCCAGAGGACCGUUCUGUGCGUUCGCACACGUAGAAAGAAUCCCCUCCACAGAGGAGACCAUGAGCUCGCUGCUCUCGGUGAUUCAGUCCGGCUCCCAGCAGUACUCGGAGGGUCCCGUGAGCGAGUGGAGCAGCGGAGGAAACUCCGCGACCAGCAGCAACGGACAAGUAGGCAGUAUCAAAAACAAAGGACUGGUGGAUCACAAAUUAAUAGACCAAGAAAAACAGACACAGAAUACUCUAUUCUCUGCCGUGAACCCUCUGGCAUCAAGCUUUACCUCCAGCAUCACAUCCAGCUUGGCCUCCAGCGUUGGCUCAGACAGUUCUUCACCCACCACCUUAUCAACGAUGAAUGCAAAAGCCACUCCUUUCUACCCGGGGAGCAACACCGUGGAGUCUGUCAUAGGAUCCGCUUUGGACCUCAACUUCAGUGACAUCAAUGUCGCGUCCCUCGACAAAGAGUUGGAGGAGCAGGACAACAGCGUGGGGCUGGCAGGUCAAAGGGCGCUCGGUGGCUCCGCCCCGGUCAACAUUCCCGGCUCCUUGGCGCGAUCGUCCUCCUUCAACUCCUCGUCGUCGCUCUCCACCUCGCCGCUGAGCUCCCUCUCGCAGUCGCUGUCGCAGUCGCUGCUGGCCGCCACCAUGUCGCACCAAAACCAACCGCCAACCAGCAUGUUGGCCAAGCAGGAGCGCGCCGGCCUCCUGGGAAACGCCUCCUCCUCCCAGAAUUCUUUGGGCUUGAAUGGAGGGGCCAGCAGCAUCUGGGACUUUGUGAGUGGCAGCUUUUCCCCGAGUCCAUCUCCGGUCUUCAGCAGCCUAACCGCCGCGACCAGCAGCGGCGAUCUGGCCCGCCUUUUCAGAGACCUGGACGAGGCCAAACGGAAGAUCAAACAGUGGGAGGAGGCCUGGCACCAGGUCAAGCAGGCCUGUGAAGCUUGCCAGAAGGACGCCCGCGAGGCGAAGGAACAGGCGAAAGCGGCCGAGGCGGAGCGGCAGCUGGCGGAGCAGAAACGGGAGGAAACGGGGCGCAAGCUGAAGGAGCUCCAAGGGGACUUUGAUGCGCUUUGUCGCACCCCUGGAACGCCUCUUCUUCGUAGCUAUAGAGAGCUGGACAAGCUGCCCCUGUCAAAGCUACACUCCAUCCAGAGUCAGCUGCGUAGUGACCUAGACCUUGUAGACGGGGUAAUAUAUCAGCUUCAGUCAAAGAAAUGUAUAGUUUGCCAAAAGCGCGAUCGCUGCAUCGUUCUGCAGCCGUGCCAACAUUAUGUGCUGUGUGCAAACUGUGCACCUAGUAAAACACAAUGCCCCUGUUGCGGGACAAAGAUAUUGAAGUGGUGAUGUACAAAAAGGUACUAUUUAAAGCCCUUUGAAAAACUACUCGACUAGAUAUUACAUGUUCUAAAUGGUGAUGUGAUUUGGAACUCAAUGAUGUUUAACUGAGACAGAAAAUAGUAUUAUGAAUCAGAUUGUGUACAGAGGAUUUAAUCAUUACAGUUCUGGCUCGUUGUUUGUGCACAUUAACCCGACUCAACCAGAAUGGAAUAUUUUCUUAAAUCAUCAGUCACUCUAACGAACACACUUCUCGUGUCCAGCUAUCCAAAAAAAAACAAAAAAAACAAUCGUAUUUUUCCAGCAAUGCACUUUGGCGAAAACCGCUUUGCCAACGUGACACAUUGCCCACGCAGUAACACAACCAAUGGGAUUGAUGAAGUUGGACACUCAAAGAUAUUAAUGAGUAGACGUUUGUAUUCUUCUUCCCUUGUGUUUGGAUGUUAAUGGUUUGGAAAUACGUUAUUUUGUGUGAAACUCUGGUCUGUCUACAUGUUAAUGCACUUAAAGUUCAGCCGGAGAGGAAUGGAAGGUUUUUUCAAAAAGAUACUGAAGAAAUAUGUAUUUGAAAAAGGUUUUUAUAGAUCCUAACAUCGCAGAUUAUUAUAUUUGAAGAAAGAAAUACAAGACAGAAGAAAACUUGCUCACUGUUACUUGAUAUUAUAUCUUAACUGAAAUGUUCUAGUUUUAAAAUUAGGUCUAAAAAAAUCUCUUCUCAUACUGUGAGUCCUACGGUCAUUUUUCACAAAACGCUGUUAAGCCACGAGUUACCUGAGAAGAAAUCAAUGUGUGAACAUGUGAAACACACUGCCAGGAAAUGUGAAGUUCCUUCACACUGAAAAAGGUCCUCAAAGCAGAUUGUCGUUAGUUAAAGAGGGAAAACAAUAAAUCAAAGAAUUCACUCGGGAGCUUUUCGAACCAAAUGAAGAAACCAGAUAUCCCCAAACCGCAAUGAGACCGAUGCUAAAUUAGGAAGUGAUACUUCAGGCCGACAGUGCGGGCUGUAAAGUGUGCGCUCGUACCUUUGGCAGAGCGCGGAGCCGCCGAGAGCCAUGCGGGAAAUGUGUCGAUGAGAGAAUUCGUUCUUCCAGAAAGUGCUGGAACACUUUUUAAGGCUCUGAGGAAUUAACUCUCAUCCAAAACUAUGGGGAGUAAUUAAAGACGAAGGAAAAACACAUCUGCGGGCCAAAGUAUUACCCGACUAUUAUGCAGAUUGAUCAAAUAUUUCACAUUAAAAAAACGGGAUCUGUGUCUGCAUCAGGCAAAAGAAAAUCCCAGUAACCAAGGAAACGAGAACCAGCGACACAUGGUUGUGUUCCUCUUUAAGUAAAGCCACAUUUUCACUCACAACCAGUCAAGCAUCAUUCAGUUUGAGUUGUUAUUAAAGCACUUUGUUGACCUGGGACUUUAUUAGAGGUUAUAUAGAAAUUUGCUUUCAGCUGCUUUGUAGGUCUUUUUUUGAUUUCCUUUUUUUUUUUAAAGAUUUAUAUAUUUUUUUCUAUAUAAGCUAAUGUCUGACGCUUUUGUGUGUACUGUGAAACAUAAUUUGGAUAUUUCAUGUUUCCUAUUGUAAAAUCAUGGCAUGGUUCUACAUAUUUCAUAGAAAAGUACUUAAUGGUUUCUACUUUCAUAGUUAGAUUUAUACAAUUUCAAUCAAAUAAGUGCAAAUUUAAAAUGUAUUUUAGGCAUAACCAGCAGCUGUAAUAUCAAUAUGCUACAUGUUGAGGCUGUAAUUCAAUCAGUUAGUUCUUUUUUUGUAGACAUUUAUAUAGCCUAUCCUAUUAGAAAAGCAUGUAUUGUAUUUGCUAAAAGCCUGAGAUAGUGGAUUUCGUAGGUAUCGAGUCUCUAGAACAUAUCGGCCUCUAACUCUAAAGUGCCUUGCCGUAGUUGAGAAGGUUGCGCGUAGAGCUGUCAGCAGCUCUCUGCAGAGCGCGUCUCGCUCCACUUUGCAGAAGCAUUGACACAGUGUGUGUGUGUGUGUGUGUGUGUGUGUGUGUGUGAGUAGAUACAUGUAUGUAUGUAUGUAUGUAUGUAUGUAUGUAUAAAUAUUUUAUCCGAACAAGUGUUUCUGUGGCGGAUAAGUGAAAACAAACGUUGUCCCGACUUGGCAAUGAACCCCCCCCCCCCCCCCCCCACCCACCCGCUCGCCCCUCGGUCGCGGUGCUCUCUUGGUGCAGCUCGGCCUUUUUUGAAAUUAGGUUUUUCCAAUUCAACGUUUGGGAGUAUGCAAAGAGCACAGGCGCUUUUUGGAAAGGUCACUUGUGUGACAUUUCCGCAGUCAAUGAAGAAUUGGACAGGACUUGUUCUGGGCUCCUCUAAUUGAAAAGACCUUUUACUGUGUAUUAAAAAAUAACUUUUUACUGUUGCGUUAAAUUCAAUUUAAAAAUCCUGUAUCUCCAGGUACACUCUUUUGCUACUUCUAAAUAUGGGAAAAUGCAUUGUUUACACGCAUUAGAUGACAAUUUAGCAACUCAGAGGAAAAUAAUCACGACUGGUUUUUACUAUUUCAGCAUUUAUAUGAUUUGUGACUUCAUUAUAUUACAGCUUAAAAGGCGGGCUUGUGUGCGAUAUAUUAACCAGCAACAAAAAAAAAAGGUUUGCACUGUCACACGUAUCGACUCAUUUUCAGUGUAGUGAAGGCUUAAUAACUUCUGCCAGCUUUGCUGCUACUGGAAAAGGUAUUAAUGUAGUUUCCUGUUAAACAUUUAGAUGUUUGAAUGUCGUUGUGCAUCCACGGCUCAGAUUUCCCAAACGAUGAAAUAAUCUUGACUGGUUGAAUCAUUGGAAAUCCGACUUCCGAAGGCUGAGAAUGAUGUCACAGAGCCGUACUCCUCUCGAAUUGUCCCGUUUUUUAAAAAUGUGUCCAAGGUCAAUCAUUCCUCCCCCUCCCUCCCCCAGUUUAGGGCAGGGCUCUUUGUUUUUUCUGUGAAGCCCUCCGCGUCUAGUGUGGGAAUCUAGAAGUCAACCAAAGUGGUGUUGAAGUAGCUCGGCCUCUGCUUGUGAGUCUUUUUGCUUUCAUUUGAUCCAGUGAGACGUGUUUCCUAGCAUCGAGGUGACAACAGGACUAUGCCAUUGGCUCUUUGCUUACGACAUUAUUAAUGGACGCGAGCCGAUUCUUUGCAGUUUCAACCAAAGACUCCAACUGUUACUUCUUUGUUGCUACAUGUCGUCAUCUUGUUUUAUUUCAGUAAGAAACCCCAAAUUGAUUUUAAAACAGUAAUCACCUAGUACCUUAAAAUAGAUAAUGUUCAUUGACCGCAAUCAAUGGCAUCUUUUUCUAUCUUAAGUGAGCUAUAGUGAGUCACUGCAAAAUUGAUUUGAAAUGCACGAGUCAGAAACCUUAAAAAGAAAAAAAAGAAGAACCCUUGUUUGUGACAUUGAUCUGUGUAAGUUGUACAUUGACGUGCACGGCAGGUUUGUGCAAUACUGGCGAGCACGUGGCGCGCUCACGAGGGCGCGUGCUUCUGAAGGGGCCAUUAACCACCUUUUUGGUUGUUCUUCAGUCAGGACGGGCCUACAGCGUCUCUCCCUUCAAGCUGUGGUCCAGUUUAGUUUUAGUUUUUUGUUAAAAGGACUGUGGACAGGUGAUGAUUGUGAGAAACAUUUAGUGGCAGAUACAGACAUAAUUAAAACUGAGUUGUUGUUGGUAUUUUGUUGUUGGUCUCUCAAGUGGUCUACAUGCCCCGAAUUCAAGUUUUU